AUGAAGAUCCUGGAGGCGCGCGAUGCAUUCUUCAGCGACUACGAGACAUUGCAGUUUUUGUCGAAGCUUGAACGACAACACCAUUGGGAUGAAGACUCCACCACACACGACCGCAGGGACAAGAAAAAGAUCAAGACUCACAAACCAUACAACAACCCAGAACUGCAGGCGAUCACCAGAGACACAAUCGCCUACCUAACUACCGACAAGGGUGUCCCACAGGAGGAUGAUGAGUCUUCCGGAAACAACGACAAGAAAAAAUCAGCCAUUAGCUCGCUGAACGAUCAGAGGUUCAGCGAGCUGGUUGCACAGUUGAAUAAUUUCGACCUAUUCAAGGCGGAAAAACUACAAAUCGUGAACCAACUGCCCACUACUAUGGUUCAUCUGUACGCCGUCGUAGAAGAGUGCGACACUCGGUUCACGCAGGAACAAAUAGAACAGAUACUGGGCAUCACCGCCCAGUAUCUGUGA